GGAAAAAAAGUGGAAAAAAAAGAGGAAUAAUAAGAGCAAAAAAGGAGGAAACAAAAACGGGGAAAAAAACGGGGAAAAAACGGGAAAAAAACGGGUAAAAAAGGGAUGCAAAGGGAAACAUCCAGCAAAGCGAAGUAACAGCAACGUAAAGGGAAAAGAAAACGGCCUACGAGGUAACCAAACGAAUUUUUAAGUUAAUCAACGAAGGAGAGCGACGAAUAGAUUUGACGCAUGCCAUCACAAGGCACUCCAUUUUUGUAGCCAGUGUUCUUCAUUUGGCAAAGCCACCAACUUUUGUGCCUGACGUGAACGUGUGGGGAAGGUCAAAAAAACCAGUUGUUCUUUCCUGCGCGCGUUUUGUGGCUCUCCGGCUGGGGGGAAGGACGCCAGGAGAGGAAGCGACCACGUGUAGACGACGCGGUUAUGUUCAAAGGACUAACCGCUUGGGAACGACCUAACCACGCAGGACCCACCAGCGAGGAAAUAAAAUGAGCACAGAGGAGUAGCAUGAAUUCGAACAGAAAUAAGACGUUUCAUAAGAAACUGAAGAACAAAAGAGUCAUCAAGGAGUUUUCCUACGUUUCUUUUAAGAAGGAAAUUGCCAAGCUGUAUGAGAAGGAGAAGGACUUCUUUAAGCAGAUGCAUAAUGGGACUCUCUCGUCGGAAGAUGUGGUGAAGCGGCAGGUGAAGCGGCAGGAAGAAGGGCAGGAAAAGGGGCAGGAAAAGCGGAAGACAAAGGGGCAAUCAACGCAGCAGCUGGGAGACACACAAGACCUGUCAACGGAGCAGCGGGAGGGGGGGACCCCCUCGGAUUGCAUUGGGUUGGUGGUCAAGGCAAGGAAAGGACACGUGACACCCCGCUUGCGACGAAAGAGCGCCAAAAGAGAAGAGGCCACCAAGGGGAAGGACCCCAAAGGGGGUGUAACUGGCCGGGUGGACGCUCUGAGAGCGCCGUCCGUGGGGGAUAGAGACACGGAAAGUUUCCACUCGUGUUCUAUGGAGAAGCCCCCAGUGGAGAAAGCCAAGGUGGGGAAGGGGGAGCAAUCAAAGAAGCUGCAAAAUGUGCAGCCGCUGCAAAAGCUGCAAAAGCUGCAAAAUGUGCAACCGCUGGAACCGCUGCAAAAUAUGCAGGUGGGCCCGCCAGAGGAAAAGGAAGUGAUAAGGCAAGUGCUCCAAAUCAUUAUCACAAAAAAAAAAAUCACCGAAAUUGUGAAAAAUCACUUCGACGAAAACAAAAUAAAAUUUAUAAGCACACGAAUGAUCAAAUACAUUUUAAAAAAGGCAGAAAAAAACGUCGACUUUCAAAUGAUCAAAAUUCUUCUCGUUCAAAACGUAGACAAGAAGAAUAUAGAAGGUACAAUCAAUACCAAGGGGAAAAGGAAAUUAUUUAAAAAAUAUAUUUUUUCAAAACAAAAAGUGAGAGCUAUAGAAUAUGUGCUGCUUCACAUUGCUCAGAUGGAUGAGGAUCAUUUUGUUUUUCGGGAAUCUUAUGAAGAGUUAGACAUUUCGUCGGAUGAGUACCUGUUGUGUGUGGAGGCCGUGUGUGUUUAUCUCACGCAGAACGUACAGAAGGACAAGGCGAAUUACGCAAAAUAUUUGGCUAUACACAGGCACGUUAGGGAACUCUUGCGCGGGAACUCCAGUGCAUAUGAGAGCGCGAGUAGUAGGUCUGCACAGGGGAUCAUGGGCGUGGACUCGCAGGGAGAUGAGGACAGUCAGAGCGUCAAACAGAAGAAAAAGAAGAAGAAAAAGAAAAGCAAAAAUGCCAUCGAGGCAGAGGAGGAUAUGGCCCCCCUGCGCGCUGACGAGGGGGACAGCGACGCUGCUGAGGGGGGGGGACCCACAAAGAGCAGCAUGGACAGGAGCAGCACAGUUAAGAGCAGCACCGCUAAGAGUAGCAUAGAAAAGAGCAGCACCGCCAAGAGUAGUACCGCUAAGAGUAGCGUAGAAAAGAGCAGCACCGUGAAAGCCCCGCAUCUACCGGAGGCGCCCCGCGAAGGCUCCGAGCAGCUGCUCAAAAUGGUGAACGAAGAAAUGAAAAAAAGGGACCGCGAAAUUGACACUCUGAAGAGGUCACUAGAGCUGAUAGAAAAGGAUGUGAAGCUGCUGCUGAGGAGGAGCGACGUGCGGAUAGAUUCGGUGGGCGACUCGUUGGAGGCUUCCAGAAGGAGCCCCUCUUCGUUUUGCAGCGCGGAGAAGUCGGCCGAGAGGUUAGCAGCGAAGUUAGCGGCGAAGUCGGCCGCAAAACCAGCCGCGAAGUCUUCUGCCCACCCCCCUGCGGCCAUCCCCAUAUGCAAGGAAGAUGUAACGUCGUUCAGGCACAAGGCGUUCGUCCUGAUGAACCUGUUGAGCGAGCACCUCACCGAGAAGGAAGCCAAAACGGGCGAAAGUGCGAAGGGGCAAACGGAAGGGGAGCCACUAGCGCUGAAUUACCUGAACGGAGAAAUUGACAGGCUGAUAGGCAUCAUGACCAGGGGGGACAAGUCACGCGGCGAAAAGUUACGUGCCGAAAAACUACGUGGCGAGGAACCGCGUGGCGACCUACCGCGUUACAACCUACCACGUUACGACAUACCGCUUUUCGACGCGGGACAAAACGGCAGUGAGGGGUGGAGCCCCUCGGAGGGGGCCUCCAACUGCGAGGGAGAACGAAACAGAUUGGCGUCUCCCCAAGUGAAGGGAGUGAUCAAAAAGGGAAAGGCAGCCACGGUUGAGCAGUUCCAGGAGAAGUUCCCGGAGAAGCUCCCCGGGCAGAUCGCUGGGGAGGUACCAACUGCGGGGAGAACAGCAGUAGUUAGGGAAGCAGACCGAAUGGUGCCCACAACGGGGAAAACUACUUCUGCGAAAAAGGGCUCCCCCAAAGUGGGUCCCCCAAAAGUGAGCCCCCCCAAAGUGAGCUCCUCCAAAGUGAACCCCUCCAAAGUGGGGUCUCCCCCCGAGCUAAAGAAAAACGAUGAGACCCAGAUGCAGAGGAGGGUCUCCCCACAAAGCAGCCACACAGCUAGGUUGAAAGAAAGGCAAAAGAAAUCGUCCGUCUAUGCUUACGACAUAGGUACCACUCGGUGGAGCAGCCAUUACAACGUACUAGAACCGAAAAGGGAAAAGAAAAAAAACAGCAUCGUUGAAUAUGUUAAUAAUUUUAUGAGCAGUGUAGCGACUGAUAAGCUAAGUAAAGAAAUAUCAUCUGUGGAGAGUAGCAAGAGGGAAGACCUGGCCACAUCUCAAAACACCAGCUCAGAUGCAUCCGUCCUUGUGGUGAACACGUAUAGGAGGAGAAACUACUUCCAAGAGUACAUGAAUUACUGCAAUGAGGCUGACGAGGAUGAGGGAGAUGGGGAGCAGAGUGACCUCGUGCCGGUGAACAAGGCCCCCCAUGUGUACGCCCGGGACGGGAGAAGCGCCCACCAGUGGAAGCGCGAGAAUGAAGAGAAAGGAGAGAAGGAGGUGGCGAGCGAAAAUCGGUCCACGAACAACCACCUGGUGAAGAGCGAAAAUCGGUCCCAGAACAACCACCUGGUGAAGAGCGAAAAUCGGUCCACGAACAACGACCUGGUGAACCUGAGCGCGAAAGAGACCAACCGCGUGCUGAGCAUCGGCAAGGUCAACAGCAACAACACGACGACGACGACCAACCACAGCGUUGACAGGCGAGACGCCGCAGUUGCCGAAGACAGCGACGGGAAUCAGGAGGAAGAGAAGGGGAGGAAGAAACGGAAGGAGCAGAAGGGAAGCGCUCACGAGUUCGCACAGGCGCUAGCGCAGGGGAUAGUGGCAAUGGGGAGACGGGACGAAGGGGAGGACCCCGCGAAGGGAGGGAAGAGUGAGGAGGAGCAGCGGCAGGAGGAGGAGCAGCGGCAGGAGGAGGAGCAGCGGCAGGAGGAGGAGCAGCGGCAGGAGGAGGAGCAGCGGCAGGAGGAGGAGCAGCAGCAGAAGAAGGAGGAGGAGACGAAGGAGACGAAGCAGCAUCUGCAGGAGGAGCUCGCCCAGCUGAGCGACCACGCGACGGAGAGCGGAGACAGCGUUGUGUACAACUACAACCUGUACAACGCCAUCUACGACCUGAACGAGCAAUUUUCCAGCGUGGUGAAGAACAUGUAUUUGGAGAAAGACGCUGGGGGGACACUCGGAGGGACUCCGGAGAAUGAAAAAGUGAAGCCCAAGGGGAAGAAGGAAAAGGGGAAAAAAGGAGGUAACCUUCAGAAGGAAGUGGAGGAGUCGAGCGAAGUGGGUGACAGCGUAGAGGGUUGCGAAAAAAGGAAGCGGGAGGAGAAACUCAAGAGGGAGGAGAAGCUUAAGAGGGAGGAGAAGAUUAAGAAGAAGGCCAAACGGAAGGAAGAGAAACGGAGGAGGAAGGAACUGCUGCUGGAGGAAAAGAGGAGGGUGAAGGAAACGAAAAAGGAGGAGAAGAAAAAAAUGAAAGAAAUGAAAAAGGAGGAAAAGAGGAAAAUGAAGGAGGUGGAGAAGGGGAAGAAGAAGAAGUUGAAGGAGGUGGAGAAGGCGAAGGAGGAGAAGAAGGCGAAGGAGGAGAAGCAGGCGAAGGAGGUGGAGAAGGCCAAGGAGUCGGAGAAGAGGGCGAAGAAGGCCAAGGAGGUCAAGGAGGCGAAGAAGGCCAAGAAGGCGAGGAAGGCAAAACGGGCAGCGGCCAAAGCAGCCGCGAAGGCAGCAGCGGAGCGCGUGGAGGGGAACCUCACGGAGGACUCCUCCAGGAGGGGGGACAACCCCAGCGAAGACACCCAGGCGGACCCCCCCCCAAACAACGACUACAACUUCAUCGAUGCCACGUCCAGUGACAAGCAGAAGAGGAUGUCGGCCCAGGGGGGGAGGACCAUUUAUGAUGAAUACAUAACUCAGGAGAAGGCCAUUAGGGGCAUCAUCAAGAAGAAGUACAUACGGGGCAUCCUCACCGUCCGGAGGCACGACUACGGGUUCGUCAUGUGCAACGACCUGAAGGUCCACAUAAAGUCGAAGAAGGACAUGAACAGGGCGAUCGACGGGGACGCAGUGGUGAUCAAGUUGAAGAGGGAGAAGUGGGGAGAGGCCGGCGAGGUUGGAGAGGCCAAGCGGGGGAAAAAGCGCACCGAUAGGGAGCACGCGAAGGGGGGAGCCAAGUCAUGUACCCGGCCGGAAGAAGUGAAUGGAGAGAAGGCCGACGAACCGUCCGGAAAAGUAAUCUACAUCGAGGAGCACCACGGGUCGAACAUCCAGUACGUGUGCAUCUUCAGGGAGAAAAUGAAAAAGCAAAAGUUCAGCAUGGCCAUCCCGUUUAAAAAAAGCAUCCCAUUCAUUAAGGUAGAAAACAAACACAUAAUUGAAUUCAUGAAGAGCAGCAACGUCACAGACAUAACGAACCAGCUCGUCUAUAUAAAAAUUUUCCAGUGGAACACGAAUGAAUUGUUCCCAGAAGGGAGAAUUGUAGAGCUGCUGGGUCAAAAUGACCUGUUUCACAACAUGCAAAAUGCUAUUUUGCUCAACUACAAUUUAAAUUUUAAUUUGAGAGAACCUUUGGAAGAUAACUUUUUAAAAAAAUUGAAGAGCAAAGAGAUUUUAUACAGCGAUAUUGUGAAUGAGGAAAUAAAAAAGCGGAUUGACUUGAGCAAAAAAUGCAUCUUCACCAUCGAUCCGGAAACGGCCAGGGAUCUGGAUGAUGCCAUUAACAUCAGCAGAAUAAGCAAAAAAAAAAUCCUCAAGUGUAAUUUUUACAUUAAAGUCAUUCACAAUUUGAUGGUCCACAAUGGGGAAAUCGAAGAGUCCAUUUUGCAAAAAAAUCUCUCCUUUUUUGUUAAAGAGGACGAUGGUUUUUUCCAGACGUUGAAGGAGAAUAAAUACAUCAAGGAGAUGGAAGAUAUUAAGUACGAAAAUUUUGUUAAGGAUAAAAUGGAGGGGAAAAAGAAAAAAAAAAAAAAAAAAAAAUUUUACAUGGGGAAAGAGGUUGAGAAGUACCCAGGGGUGGGCAGCCAGAAGGGAAGGCCCAAAUCGGACUCCCUCCGGGCGCACCACAACUGUGGCGAGUUCGAAACAGACUCGGGGGUCCUCCUCUCCAGGAGGGGAUCUCACAAAUCUCACAGAUCCCACAUAUCGCACAGAGGUGUGAGGAAGGGCGAACGGAGAGACGGGGGCGGUCCCCUAGACAGCUGCGGGAACCCCUUCGAGGACUCCUCUGUGUGGGAUUCUGGCCGGGGUGGGGAAAACGAGGCGAGCGCGCGGGGGGGAAGCGAUGACGGAGGGGAGGGAAGCGGUGAGGGAGAGGAAGCAAACGGUGUGGGAGAGGAAGCAAACGGUGUGGGAGAGGAAGCAAACGGUGUGGGAGAGGAAGCAAACGGUGUGGGAGAGGAAGCAAACGGUGUGGGAGAGGAAGCAAACGGUGUGGGAGAGGAAGCAAACGGUGUGGGAGAGGAAGCAAAUGUUGAGGGAGAUGGCAACGCCUACGGCAACUACCGCCUCGGUGACCCUCGCCGUGAUGGCGCGACCCCCCCCGGCAAGCUGGCCAAGUACCAGCACAUCUUUAAAAAGUACCUGAACGAAGACAUAGGGAGGGACGUGCUGAGCAGCCACGACCUCUUCUGCGAAAAAUGCAAGAGGAACAUCACCCUGAAGGAAAUAAUAAAAGAAAUGACCGAAAAGAAGUGGAAGAGGUAUAACUUGUUCGAAGUGGGAGUGCACAUCACAGACGUGGCCUUUUUCAUUAAAGAGAAUUCCUCCCUGGAUAUCGAUGCGCGGAAUAGAGCCAUGACCAUUUACCUAACGCACACAUGCUUCCCCAUGAUUUCCAGAAUUUUAAGUGAGUCUCUGUGUAGCCUGGACCCGAUUAGCAGCCGCUUAUGUUUGUCAAUUUUUUUUUACAUGGACAGUGCAGGCAGAAUUGACCACAAUUCGUUCUUCAUCAAGGAGAGCAUAAUAAACAGCAAGGUGAGGUUUACCUAUGAGGAGGUGUAUUUGCUUGUGAAGACCUAUGGCAAAUUGAGAAAGGUGAUUAACCGUUUGAUGAAGGAGCAACGGAGUAGGAGCGGCUCGCGCGUUUUGGCAGUCCCCGCGGGGGGCAAGCGCCCGGAGGGAGGAGCGAUUGGAGAGCCGCUCAACCUUGAGGAGCACCUUGUGCCCAUCUCGCCCAUCUCUCCCAUCGCUCCCAUCGCAACUGAGAAGGAGCAAGCUGGCCAAAAGAGCAGCCUGUAUAGGAAGUUCCUCAACCUGCACUUCUACUCGAAAAAGAAGAAGAGCGCCAGCGGGGAGUGCGAAGGCGCCUCGUGCGAGAAGGCCGCCCAGGGGAGCGGCAGCAAGGGGAGCGGCAUCAACGGGGUCAACCACAUGGUUCCCACCGCCAGCAAUGACAUGCUUCCCACCGCCAGCAGUAAUGUGCUGCUUAACGGAAGCAAUAACGCGCUGCCCCCCGCGGCGAAGCAGCAAAUCCUGCAGCACGGAGAAGUGAAGAGGGGAGUGAAGGCCAUCCUCAAAAUCUUCCAAAGCCUAAACAACAGGAACUACAAGCUGUCCUACAGGAAGAUCUUCCACAUUGUGAAAAAUCUGUACUACAUGCAUAAGGUUACCAAGCGGGCAAGAGUCAUUCGGAAGAAUAAUGGCUCGCUCCUCUUCAACAACGAUAAGAUGAAUAUCAUCCUCUCCAGCACAUGUACCCCCAUCGCAAUUGUGAAGAAGAAAUUUACCUUUGCAAAUUACCUAGUGGAGGAACUCAUGCUAAGUGCCAACAAGCUGGUAGCCAUCCGCCAGUACUUUAGCAAAUAUAGGGACCUCUCCGUUUUUAGGUGCCAUAGUAUGGAUAAUAUAAUAGAGACAAGUGACAUCAUUGAGGUUUUAGAGAAGCAUGGGAUUUAUUUGCAAGUGUCCGAUUUGAGGCAUAUUUUAAAAUUUCUUGAUGAGGCUAGAAGUGUUAUUAAACAGAAGAGUAGAAAUAUCUCUGACAUUGUCUGUGCCUAUGCCAAGAAGAAAAUGAUGCGAGCAGAGUACCAUACCUUUAAGCAUAUUAAGGACAACCACAUGAGCACUUACCACUACGCGCUGUCGUUUCUGCUGUAUACUCACUUUACCUCUCCUAUUAGACGCUAUCCAGACAUUUUGGUUCACCGCGUUAUGAAGAAAAUCAUCAGCGAUGAGAAUAAGCUGAGUGCCCAGCUGAGCACCCGGCAGGAGAUCCUGGCCGCGCGGGACACCUCCGACGUGGGCAUCAUCGAGAAAAUUUGCGAAAACUGCAACAACUGCAAGACGAAGUCGAAGUGGGCCCAGAUAGACUGCGAAAUUGCCUUUUUCUGCUUGUACUUGCAGAAGCGGGACCAUCCGGGUUACAACAGGGGCAUCAUCAUGGACAUCUACAGGGAGAAGGCCUCCAUAUUCUUCAAGUCCUUCUCAUUUGAAAAUAGCCUCUACUACAGCGGUUACGAAAAGCACAUCAGCAAGAUGAAUAAGAGCCACCAGGAAUAUUUGAGCAACUACGUCAUACAAGCUAACAUGGCCAAGCAGGAGCUGACACUUCAUGUUUACAGUGCCAACAAGAGAAAGGUCAUCAUGAGGAGGGUGUACAAGCGCUUCGAUUACAUUCCCCUGUAUUUUUUCCCCCUGAACACGAUGCCGCCAUCGUAUUUCCUGGCCGUCGCCAUUGACAAGUGA